GGGCAGUAAUCAUUCAUGCUGGUGAUGGGAGACUUCUUCGGCACCGGGAUUAUGGUGGAGGUUUUCAGGCAGGACGGGAUGACUGCUUGGUCCAGAGAGAGGUUGAAGAUCCUGGUGAAGGUGCGGGCGAGCUGGUUGACACAUGCUCUGAGCACCUUGCCAGGAGGCCAGGAUGAGCCAGAGAGUGAAGACGAGAUGUACGAGGUAGUGGACCUGACUGAAUAUGCCCGGAGGCACCAGUGGUGGAGUCGGGUGUUUGGGAACAACUCUGGUCCGAUUGCAGAGAAGUAUUCUGUGGCCACACAGCUUGUGAUGGGAGGAGUGAGUGGAUGGUGUGCUGGUUACCUCUUCCAGAGAGUCGGGAAGAUCGCUGCCACUGCUGUUGGUGGAGGAUUCCUCCUGUUACAGAUUGCCAAUCACACUGGUUACGUGCAGGUGGACUGGAAGAAGGUGGAGAAGGACGUGAACAAAGCCAAGAAACACUUAAAGAAGAGGGCAAACAAAGCAGCGCCUGAACUAAACACAUUCAUUGAGGAGGUAAAGGCUACAGACUUCAUAAAGAGAAACAUCGUCUUGUCCAGUGGCUUUGUUGGUGGCUUUUUCCUGGGUUUGGCAUCAUAAACCUGCUGCAGUCAUCACUCUGGGUCACGUUUGGGGUCUCUGCUGUGUACCUCUUAGUCUGUCAACGUUCUUCUUUGAAUGAACUGAUCAGAGAGUUUUUAUGUUGGACGUGGUAUCAUGACAGAUUCUCCUCUCUUCCCACUGUUACACCAAACCCACCUAUUUAUUUCCCCAUCAGUGGGGCACUCUGUGCACAUUCUGAAGUUUGUGCAUCAACAUAUCAUUUGUAAUGUGAAGACCCGUCUCUGUGGGUCCCAUCAAUAAAUUACUCCAAACUGCUGAAUAUG